AUGGGCCCGCACCAGCGGCUCGCGGCGGCCAUCGCGGAGGCCGAGGCGGCGCUGGCGGGCGAGCCGCGGCCGCUCUCGCAGGAGGAGCGGCGGGGCGGCGAGGUCCGCCGCCUUCGGAGGAGGAAAGAUGCGGGCUACGUGUUCGUGCGCGGCCUGGUGCCAGAGUGCCUCGCCGACGUCCUCCGCGAGCAGGUCAUACACCCCGGCCUCAAGAUGGAGCGCGGCUUCGACGUUGGCGACCCCACCACGUGGGGGAAGGGAGGCUUGGCGCGCCAGGCCCUGUCCUGGUACGAGAAGCUGGUGACUCUGCUCGGCUCCGAGUCGCCGUACUAUGGGGCGCGGAUGAACUUCGGCAGAGCGCUGCAGAGGGAGUGCCGGGGCGACCUGACCGCGGCGGAGUUCGACCUCCUCGAAGGGCCUGGUCCCUGGCGAACGCCGCGGCCUCCCGGCGCCUCCGCGUGGUGCUCGACCAGCUGGCCGGGCACGGCGCCUACGGCUUCGACGCCGGCGCGGAGGGGUCCCUGA